CUUUUUUGCUCAUUUCGAUAAAUAGAAUACGCUCCUGAUGUAGCAAUUCACAUUUUUUAUUACACCUUGCAUAAUCUAUUUUCUCGUAAUGAGAUAUAUACGUAACAGAUUGAAAAAAGCGAGCCUGAGUGAACUAGAGUCAACAUAGAAAUGCAAUUUCUCCAUUGACGGAUGGUUGCAUAUGCUACGUAUAAUAAAAAAAAAGUAUUGCUUGCCGCAAAAAAUUCUUGCCAAACUACUGGAAACUCAUUCCAGGAGCGUCGUUUCUCAAUGCAGAAUGGGCCAAAAGGUUGGCCCAUAUUCUAUAGGUUUGGCUAUUUGCCAGACUUUUCUCUCGUUGUCGUCGUUGAUACGAUUCACCUAAUACCAAUCCUCCAAAAUGAUUUUGCUUGUGUGCUCUUUAGUUAAUUACCACUUCCGCAGUGCCAUAAAUUCAAUGGCUGUUGAUUAUUACGUUCGCGUACAUAACACACUAUUUUUCACAAAUAACAACGUGCUACCGAAGAAUUACGAUAUAGCGAUGGGAUUAAGUAUUUUACAACCAAACGGUUUGGUGUACGAGAGCGUCGGUGUCUUCUGUCCGAAUGAUCGGCUCGAGCUGCUUCGCCUUCUCCGAGAGGAGGACAUUUUGAUAGACUGGUCGAGACCUUUGUACAUUAAUUUCGUUCACUGCGGUAUCGCUGAGGAGUUGACGCGUCUUUACGAAGGUACUGGUACCAUCGAAACGGUCGUGGGUGAUGUCUGCGCGUGUGAUGUCGUCGAGGAAGAGAAACAGAGUCAGGAGAUGCCUGAUCCCGACGUCGAGGUGCUGCCUCUCAAGACCGAGCACGCUGAAGGAAUACACGAAUUAUAUCCGGCGAACGACAUGGAGUGCCACGAGAUCUUCCUCCGACUCAUUAGGACAUUACCAGCGGCGGGCGUGUUCGCGAAGGGCAGCUUGGCUGCUUGGAUGGUUCAAUCCUAUUACGGGGCCAUGUUCUCCAUGCAAACCAAGCCGGAAUAUCGUAGGAAAGGUUAUGGGACGAAAUUAGCAAGGUACCUGACAAAACGCGUAGCCGAGAGGGGGUAUUAUCCGUUUGUAGUGAUACGUCCAGAAAAUGAAGCUAGCCAAAGUUUGUACAAGAAGCUGGGCUUCAGGCGGCUUUAUCAACUCGUUCGAAUGAUUUUUAUGCCUUUCACGUGGCAAGAGAGCGAGAGUGACUCAAAUAUUCUUAGAGAUAAUUUGGAGAACGCUGUCAGGCAGCUCACAAUCGAGCAAAGAGUGAUAACGGCUCUGCGCGAGCAGGAAGAGAGCGAAGAGACGAUACGAGAACUUACGGGAAUUUCAGAGGACGAGUCGAUCGUCGACAAGUCUGAAGAAGGGAUAGAAGGUGAGGAGGAAGACACCAACGAAAAAGAACUUCUUGAAACCAUCGAGGAACAGGCUGAAGAGAGGAUAAACACUGCGGAGGACAACGGUACGGUAGCUGAAGAUGUAUCGGAAGUUGUGGAAGUUAACGGCUCUUGCGACUGCAAUGGCGACGAAUAAACUUAUAUAGGGAACGUUUAUAAACGAUUAGACGCGACGGUCCAUAAUUCACGUUUUGUUUGCUCGAAGACGAGCUCUUCGCCGCACGGAACCUUGAUAAACAGCGAAAUAUUUAGGUAAAUCGCGUAAGGAAGCAAAUCGUAAAGUUCUCUUAGGAAUGAUAUGCAAAUACUUAUAUAUCUGUAUAUCUUUUCUAACAGCUACUUGAAUCUGUAUUUAGUUCGAUAGAAAUAAACGUCCAUAAACUAAUGAUAAUUAGUACGAAUCAUAUUCAAGACAAUGACGUAUAGUGAAUAAUAUAACACAUUAUAUUUUUGAAUUAUUAUCGAAGAGAUUAAUUAAAAACAGAAAUUUUAUGAAGUGAGAAAUAUAGUAUCGAACGAGAGUUUUCAGUUCUCAUAUAUUAUAAUGCGAUUAAUGUGGGUGUAUAUCAUGUGCGCGAAGAGCUACUUUCUUCGAGCGAUAAAAACGAAAGAGUCAGAGAUAGAGAAUAUUUUAAGAAAUUUCGAUAUUACGCACCGCGUUCGUGCGAGGCUUCAAUAUUAUACGUACGAAGAAUCAAAAUUCCUCGUAUGAUUCCUCAUAUCAGACUCUUUCCAAAACUAACGUCGUGAAAAUCUCAGGUAUUGGAUAUAAUAGCUACGUUUUUAUCUUUGAGUUCUUAAUGUUAUAUAUCUCAUUAAAGUCUAUGCGAGAAUCAAUCUUAUUACGUUGGUAAAUAUAAUUUGAAAAAGAAAUACCCCCGCGAUAUCAGUAAUUUAUUCUAGAAGUGUCCAAGAAAACGCGUCUUAAUAUAUAUAUAAAAAAUAUAUAUAUAUAUAUUCAAGUAUAUUCACAAAUAUAUUUCUAAAUAAAUUAAAAUUAAAAUUUAAGUCUCACAAUGUAACGCGGUUGGCCAUUUACGCGUUUUUCCACGUGUGUUCCUCGCUUACUUUACGCCACAAUUAUUUAUCAAUAAAAAAAUAUGUAUUGUACAUGUAAGGUGCAUGAUAUGUAUUUAUUGGAAGUAUUUCGUAUUUUAGUGUUCUACAAUGUUUACCGAGUUUUACAACUCGUAAAACUGUUUACAUGUAUUGAUUUCUAGUGUUACACUUAAGUUAUAUAAAUAAAUGAGACUCUGUUGGUCUAGGCUUAUAUAUUCCAUUGAAUUUAAGUAAGUCUAAAUCGACAGUAAAAAUAUA